AUGCCCGAAACCCGAAACCCGUGGCAAUUCGGCCACAUCGAGGGAUUCCCAGUGGGCUACCGAUGGAAGGACAGACAGAAGCUCUCCGACGAUGGUGUGCAUGCGCCUGUGCGAGCCGGCAUACAUGGGCGACAGGACACUGGGGCAUUCUCACUUGUUCUAUCUGGAGGAUACGAAGACAACCACUGCGACGGAAACGAAUUCAUCUACACAGGCUCAGGCGGCAACACAUUCUCUCUCUCCCUCAAACAACUCGUCCAAGUCAGCGACCAACAAUGGAAACGCGGAAAUCGCGCACUCCAGACAUCCAUGAAGCUCAAUAAGCCCGUUCGCGUUAUUCGGGGGUAUGGGCUGAAAUCUAAAUUCGCACCAGCCGCAGGGUAUCGAUACGAUGGUCUGUAUAAGGUUGUUUCGGCCACAAUAAAACCAGGCAAGAACGGACAUCUUGUGUGCCUAUUUGAAAUGAAGCGUUGUCCGGACCAGCCUCCGCUUCCCGUGUCUCCAGCCUUACUUGCUUCUUCAAAUUCAAGGGUAUCUCCAGACCCCGAAUCUGAAGACGAUGUAGAAAUUGUCUCUACAAAUUUUGCCUCCACAUCCGCCCAGGCCGAAUCAUCCGGGUCGCUCAACACUGCUACAAGUCCCACCGUCGUAGAAUCGCCGCCCAAGGGGCCCGUUUCAACUCCAAGUUCUCAGCAAGCAGUGCCUGAAUCGGCAUCGGCACCUAGUACAUCCUCGUCUCAAGUACACCUUCCAACUCCAGCUCCAGAUGGAAUUGUGCUAACAGGCAGGCCUCCGUCAUCGUCAUCGUUAACUCAAGCAGGAUCGAGUGCAACUUUGGUCGCUUCUCCGCCAGCCUCCUGGACAGGGCCAUCCCCACGAUGUGAUAGCCCUCCUUCAACGCCCGUAGCCUCCUCCUCCCGUGUCCAACUCCCGCAGAAACGUCCUCGACCACGGCCUAUAACCUCGCCGGAUCGGUGGGCAAAGAGGGCGAAAAUAGCGAGCUUCGAGGAGUGCUUGCAGUCGGAUGAUCGUGAUUUUGUGCCAACCCCGCCGAUUGCGAUACGGCCAGCUGUCGGUGUAGGUGCUGCCUCUCCGCCGAGGAAUCUAUCUGGGUGUACGACGGCACGCAGGGGUUCUGGGGGUACGGAGUGUGCUAAGGAGCGUGAAGAGAGCCUUGAAAGAGAUGGAAUCCAGCAAGUGCACGUCAUUAAAGAGGAACCCGGGGACUUUAUCGACCUCAGUGGGACAUCGAGCUCCUUGUCGAAGGGGAAGGGAAAGGCUGGCCGCUUCCUAGGCGUCAUCGACCUCACUCUAGAAUCUGACGAUGAGGGCGAGGGAGGUGACAUGAGUAGUCCCACGUGCAUUGCGCGUGGCGGUGAACGUGCGAAGGCGGUCAAGCAGGAAGAAGUUCAAGUUCACCACCUUGGUUUCGUUGAUUUGACUCUAGAGUCUGAUGAGGAGAUGGAGUCUUAG